AUGGCUACCACUGCCCUCCCCGCCAAGCGGGUGACUCGCCGCAGCAUGGCCGCUGCUGCUGCUGCAGACUCGGUUGAGUCUUCUACAGUCGCCUCUCCCAGCGACUCUCCUCGCCCCUCGGCGUCUUCCACCUCGCUCAGCUCGCUCGCCUCUGAGGAAGCUGAGCCCAAGGGCAACUACACCGGCCUGCUCGACACCUACGGCAACGAAUUCACUCCUCCCGACUUCACCAUCAAGGAGCUCCGUGAAGCCAUCCCCAAGCACUGCUUCAAGCGCUCUGCCUUGACCGGUUACUCGUACAUCAUCCGCGACAUCAUCUGCCUCGCCACCACUUUCACUCUCGCCUACAACUUCAACACCCCCGAGUACGUUCCCUCGGCCGUUGCCCGCGGUCUCAUCUGGGCCGUCUACACCUUCGCCCAGGGCCUCUUUGGCACUGGUCUCUGGGUCAUUGCCCACGAGUGCGGCCACGGCGCCUUCUCCGAGUCCAAGACCAUCAACGAUGUCACCGGCUGGUUCCUCCACUCGGCCCUCCUCGUCCCUUACUUCAGCUGGCAAAUGUCCCACUCCAAGCACCACAAGGCCACCGGCCACAUGGAGCGCGACAUGGUCUUCUUGCCUCGCACCCGUGAGCAGCAGGCCACCCGUAUCGGCCGUCUUGUCCACGAGCUCUCCGAGAUUGGUGAGGAGACUCCCAUCUACACCCUCGUCCACCUCGUCUUCCAGCAGCUCAUUGGCUGGCCCAACUACCUCAUCACCAACGUCACUGGUCACAACUUCCAUGAGCGCCAGCGUGAGGGCCGCGGUAAGGGCAAGAAGAACGGUUACUUUGGCGGUGUCAACCAUUUCGACCCUGCUUCUCCUCUGUACGAUGCCAAGGAUGCCAAGCUUGUCAUCAUGAGUGAUAUUGGUGUUGCCCUUGCCGCUACUGCUCUCUACUUCCUCGUCCAGAAGUUUGGCUUCCAGAACAUGGCCAUCUGGUACUUUAUCCCCUAUCUCUGGGUUAACCACUGGCUCGUCGCCAUCACCUUCCUCCAGCACACCGACCCUAGCCUGCCUCACUACACCGCCGAGGAAUGGACCUACGUCCGCGGUGCUGCCGCCACCAUCGAUCGCGAGAUGGGCUUCAUCGGCCGCCAGCUCCUCCACGGCAUUGUCGAGACCCACGUCCUUCACCACUACGUCAGCACCAUUCCUUUCUACCACGCCGACGAGGCCUCCGAGGCCAUCAAGAAGGUUAUGGGCAAGCACUACCGCUCUGAUACCAAGGGUGGUUUCUUUGGCUUCCUCAACGCCAUGUGGAAGAGCGCUCGCUGGUGCCAGUGGGUUGAGCCCAGCGCCGACGCCAAGGGCGAAGGCAAGGGUGUCUUGUUCUUCCGUAACACCAACGGUCUCGGUACCAAGCCCAUGAAGGUUACCCCUUCUGCUUAG